CAUGAUCAAAAAUCCUAGCUGUCCUUAAAUUCUACCUAACAAAGUAUUUUGCAUUUGCAGGUUUCUUCCACUUGCUUGAACCUUGAAAGCAUUUUAAUCCCAAAAGACACUGAGAAUGCUUGCUUGUCUUCAAGUGAAAUCGGUUGCUGUGCUCCAAGGGUACUGACCGGAAUUGAAGAUCAUGUUUACCAACCACUCUGUUUAUGUGUCUCUUGUUAGUGCAAUGCUUCAGGAGCUGCAGCCCACAAAGACAACAGAUGAUCCUGAAAUCAAGGCCUUGCUAUUCUUUGGCACAAAGAAAAAGAAGAAAGGUGUCAGGUUAUCUAAUUGGGUGUCCUCGCUCUCGAAUUUGACUUCUAUUUUCUUAUUGGUUUGUAAAUGGUUUCAACAUAUCCCACCAUUGGGCUGAUUUCCUUUUCUGAAGCGUCUUUCUCUUAAAAACUUGAGUGAGCUGGAGUACAUAAGUAAUGGUGGUAGUGAUCUGUCCUCUUCUCCCCUCAAAAUUCUCACACUUGUUAAUUUGCCAAAGUUGAAGGGAUGGUGUAGGACGAGGGAAACCGUAACAGUAGAGCAUCCUCUUCCAUUAUUCCCAUCAUUUCCUUGCCUUUCUCAUUUAUGCAUCGAUAACUGCCCUAUGAUGUAUGUAGCACCAGGGAGCAAAACAAUACCCUCCUCUUCCUCUUCCUUUUCCAAUCUCUCCGGGAUUAGAGGAACUUGAAUAUCUACCAUUAGAGUGGCUGUGAAAUCUCACUUCUCUUGGGACGCUGGAGAUUUGGGGGUGUUGUAAAAUGUGAAUCUCUUUGUCUCCACUCUUUCAACAUCUCACCUCAUUUGAAAAUUUGUCUAUUCUUCACUGCAAGGAACGUAUCAGCAAUGAGAAUGAAGAUGGCGCAGGAUGCCUUGGACCUUCAAGAUUUGGUCAUCUAUCUAUAAUAGAUGUUCCAAAUUUGGUUUCUCUCCCAAGAGAGCUUAGAGAUGUUACUAGUCUGCAAGGGCUUCAAAUUAUGGAUUGCCCUAGUUUGGUGUCUUUACCGGAGUGGAUAGGUGAUCUCACUUCACCUCAGGAGCUUGGAGUCGUAAAUUGUCUGAAUUUAAAAUCACUGCCCGAAGGUGUGCGUCGCCUCACCUCUUUACGUCGUUUGACAACUGCGGAGUGUCCUCACUCGGAGGAAAGAUGUGAACAAAGAAUGGGAGAGGAUUGGCCAAAGAUUGCUCACGUCCCAAACUUUCGAAAUGAUGGUGAUGGUAAUCGUAUAGAGUGGAACGCAAGCCAAACUUGCCAAAUUUAUCAGGAAGAAGUGAAGGUUUUACGUGUCGAUGCUUCUUCAAACCUUGCCAACAAUCAGAUUUGCAUCUCGAUAUUGUGGUUGGAAAACCAAACCUGGAAACUACAAUGCUCCUGGAAUAGCAUCUUCAGGAUUGGGCUUGUAGUGAUCAAUCAAAUUGUUCCAUCCUCUUCAUCUUGCUUUUUUCAUCUUGGUUUCCAUGCUUCCACUUCCACUUGCCUUGGAAUCGUGCUGUUUUCACUCAACUCACUCCUUACUCAAAAAGUCUCAUUUCACAACUGA